GACAAAGUGUAGAGGGAUUAACAUGGCGUCUAUGGUUGCUGUGUUGAUCGGGGCCGUGGAUGAGAAAAACAAUAUACUGAACAGGAAGAUAAAUACGGUCUAGGUCCAUUUUCAGCUAAAAACCUGCAUAUUACAGUUUUCGUUGGACUAGCUGCCUCACUAGACCCUGAUCAUCCUCAAUACAGAGUAGCAGUUCGAGUGGGAGAGGACAGGAUCGAGGCAUGGAGGAAUCAAAAAGCCCAUUAAAAUCAGUCAAGCCCUCUCACAACGAGGCCAAGGGAGCCAAAGCUUCAUCCUCUGCCAGCUCCAGGCCCCUGAAAGAGACUCCAGCCCAGAGAGAGUGCCCCAAGCCUGCCACUGCCUGUCGGAGCAAGGAGCACAUUACCGCAGCCAGGGAAGAGCAUAAGGACCAAGGCAGUAACUGUGGGACAGGCAGAGCCUCCACUGCCAGCCCUCAUGACCCAGGGAGAGGGAAGCCUCGUAGGCCAACUGGUAGGACCAACUCUGGGGAGAGGGGGAAGGUGAGACUUGAAGGCCAGCGGCAGCAGAGGGGUGAUGCUAGGCCCUCGUUGGUUACAGGACGCAGCCCGGCUGGUGUAGGUGGAGACACAGGAGCCACAGGUGAGAAGGCUGGUGCUGUGGUGGGCACAGGGCAGCCUGCAUUGGAGGUCACUGUGGUGGGGUCAGGGGUCAACGAGCGUGGUCAGGGUAGAAACAUGACCUCUGAGCAGAAGUUGGGUCUCAGACAGGCUGAGGAGCGCCUCUACAGAGACUACAUACACAGACUGGUCAAGCCGUCUCCUGAAUACCCUAACUUCCAGUAUCUAUGCAAGCUGUGUUCUGUACACAUUGAGAACAUACAGGGGGCACACAAACACAUCAAGGAGAAAAGACACAAGAAGAACAUCAUGGAUAAGCAGGAAGAGAAUGAGCUGCGGGCGCUGCCUGCCCCCUUCCCAGCCCAGCUCGGAGCCGUUGACGCAGCCGUCCUCCGGGCGGCCAACCAACACGGCAUCUCAGACCAGGACUUCCUGGUGCGACAGGAAGUGGUCGACAGGAUGGAGGAGAUCAUCCAGCAGCACCUCUCAGUUUGCUCCCUUCGGCUCUACGGCUCCUGUCUCACCCGAUUUGCCUUCAAGACAAGUGACAUUAACAUUGACGUCACCUACCCCUCCACUAUGACCCAACCAGAUGUGCUGAUACUAGUACUGGAAAUCCUGAAGAACAGCAUGAAAUAUUCUGAGGUGGAGUCUGACUUUCACGCCAAAGUCCCGGUAGUGUUUUGCAGAGAUGUCAACAGUAGGUUGUUGUGCACGGUGAGUGCAGGUAAUGACGUAGCCUGCCUCACUACCAACCACCUGGCUGCCCUGGCUAGACUGGAACCCAGACUGGUGCCUCUGGUCCUGGCCUUCCGCCUCUGGGCUAAGUUGUGCCACAUUGACUGCCAGGCGGAAGGGGGUAUCCCCUCUUACUCCUUCUCUCUCAUGGUCAUCUUCUUCCUCCAACAACGCAGGGAGCCCAUCCUCCCUGUCUACUUCGGCUACUGGAUCGAAGGCUUUGACGUGAAGCAUGUGGAUGAGUACCAUCUGACGGGGAUAGAGAUGGAUAUAUUUGUGGGGUGGGAGCACAGAUCCCCCAGUACAGAGGGACGGGGGGACGGCAGGGGGGAAGGACGGAAGGCCAAGUCUGAGCAAAAGAAACCUGAUGUGAAGAACCGGCAUGUAGCGGGGAAGACGCGUCUAUCCCUGGACCUGGGUAAGGGUGUUUCCCUGGGCCAGCUGUGGCUAGAGCUGCUGAGGUUCUACACGCUGGAGUUCGCCCUGGAGGAACACAUCAUCAGCAUCCGCCUCAAAGAACUUCUCUCGAGAGAGAUGAAGAACUGGCCCCGACGCAGGCUGGCAAUCGAGGAUCCGUUUGCCCUGAAGAGGAACGUCGCACGCAGCCUCAACAGUCAAAUGGUCUUUGAGUACAUCCAGGAGCGCUUCCGCACCGCCUACAAAUACUUUGCCUGCCCGCAGAGCAAGGACCCAAACACCGUGGAGCGGCAGAGAGGCAAGAAUACAACCAAACAUGGGGGCAUGAAGCGGGAGGAAGGCGAAAGAAAGGGUGGAGAAGACUGGUCUGAGAAGAGUGGAGGUGGACAGGGCGAUGGGAAUGAAGGGAAAAGUCAGAGCUCUGAGACAGGUCAGAAGGAGGAUGGUGAGAGUGAUGAAGAGGAACGGGCUGAGCGGACUCAGGAGAAGGAGGAGAGGGCAUUGAAUGGCGGGCUUAUGGACUUGGUCCUUAGUGGGGGGGGGACUUCAACGGAUGGGGCUGUAGCGGAGCCUGGCACCACUCUGGAGCCUUGCUCCGCCUCAACCCACAACGGCCUACGGGAUAGGGAUGAAGAGGAGCAGAACCAUGUGUCAGAGAAGCAGGGACACAUUGCACCAGAGGACCUGCACUAUAUCUUUGACAGAAUGAUCUUCACUGGCGGAAAGCCUCCUACAGUCGUGUGCAGCACAUGUAAGAGAGAUGGCCAUCUGAAGGACGAGUGUCCUGAGGACUUCAAGAAGAUGGAGCUCAAACCGCUGCCCCCCAUGACCGACCGCUUCAGAGACAUCCUGGAUGGCCUCUGUAGACUCUGCUACCAUGAGCUGUCCCCUUCCCCUGGAGAGCAGCAGAAGAGAGAGCAGAUCCUGGGUAGUCUGGAGAGGUUCAUACAAAAGGAGUACAAUGACAAUGCCCAGCUGUGUUUGUUUGGCUCCUCCAAGAACGGCUUUGGUUUCCGUGACAGCGACCUGGACAUCUGCAUGACCCUGGAGGGCCAUGAUACAGCAGAGAAGUUGAACUGCAAAGAGAUCAUCGAAGGCCUAGCCAAGGUGCUAAAGAAACACACAGGUCUGAGGAACAUCCUGCCUAUCACAACAGCCAAAGUGCCUAUUGUGAAGUUUGAACACAGACAGAGCGGACUGGAGGCAGACAUAAGCCUCUACAACACUCUGGCUCAACACAACACCAGAAUGCUGGCCACCUACGCUGCCCUGGACCCUCGCGUGCAGUUCCUGGGAUACACCAUGAAGGUGUUUGCGAAGCGCUGUGACAUAGGUGACGCGUCCAGAGGAAGUCUGUCAUCCUAUGCCUACAUCCUCAUGGUGCUCUACUUCCUGCAGCAGAGACAGCCCCCUGUCAUCCCUGUUCUCCAAGAGGUCUUUGAUGGACAUUCUGUACCGCAGAGGAUGGUGGAUGGUUGGAAUGCCUUCUUCUUUGAUGACAUUGAGGAACUGCGUCAGCCAGAGCUUCCGCAGAACCGCGAGACCGUGGGGGAGCUGUGGCUGGGCCUGCUCAGGUUCUACACCGAGGAGUUUGACUUUAAGGAGCUCGUCAUCAGCAUCCGCCAGAGGAAACGGCUCACCACCUUCGAGAAGCAGUGGACCUCCAAGUGCAUCGCCAUCGAAGAUCCCUUCGACUUGAAUCACAAUCUCGGUGCUGGAGUUUCUCGCAAAAUGACUAACUUCAUCAUGAAGGCCUUUAUCAACGGCAGGAAGCUGUUCGGUACUCCUUUCUACCCCCAGCCUGGCAUAGAGGCGAACUACUUCUUUGACUCCAAGGUGCUCACGGACGGGGAACUUGCACCUAAUGACAGGUGCUGUCGGAUCUGUGGCAAGAUCGGUCAUUACAUGAAGGACUGCCCCAAAAGACGCAGGGGGAUGAAGAAGAAGGAGAACGAAAAAGAGGAGGAUGUCAAGGAUGGAGACGAUCAUGAGCCACGGGAGCGUCGCUGUUUCCAGUGUGGGGAAAUCGGUCAUGUACGGCGGGACUGCCCAGAGCACCGCCACCUUAGACAGAAAGCCGCAGGGGGACCAGGUACACACACACCUCAAUCCAUGGUAAGCUCCCAGUCCAUCCCCAUCCCCCAACCUCCCCAGGACCUCCCUGGACGCACCAGACAACCUUCCGAAUGUUCUGAUUCCCGCCAGACUCCGCCCUAUUCCCCUCAGCCCAGCCUGUUCUCCCAGGGUUCGAGCCAAUCUUCCAGCUCCCCCCAGCCCUCCUCUUCCAAGACCUCCACCUCCGCUGGAGGGGUACCCCACAAGCAGCCCCAACAUCCCCAGGUUCCCCUCUCUCUCUUUAGCUUCCCUCCCACCCACCCAAGCCAGUACCACCACCCUGGAUCUCUCACUGCUCUGGGGCUACUGCCGUCCCACCACAACCAGCACCAAUCACACCAGGCCCAUCACCAACCUCACCACCCCUCCACCUCCUGGCCCAUCCAUGGCCCCGUCCUCCAGACCUCCAGUGGCCCCAAAGGGCCCUCCCCGCCCGGCCUAAAAUUCCCCUUACGCCAGGCCCCCGGGCAAGGGAAUGGGAACACAGGCCCAGGGGGGUCUCCGGUGGGUGGCAGCCCCAUGAACCUCAAUGACCCCAGCAUCAUCUUCGCCCAGCCGGCGGGGAGGCCCAUGGGCUUGGGAGGAGGGCCGGGACUGGAUGGGCACUGGAACAACCACCUGGCACAGCAAGGGGCACUGGUGGCUAAUGGCACUGUGGGCAAGUCAGAUCCGGGCUACCAGACCCAGUUUGGGGGGGUGAGUCAGCAGGGCUCUAGGAAUUGGGAGCACAGCAACGCAGCCCACUACUCCCAGCCCCCGUCCUGGCCCUACCGCAUGCCACAGAAAUUCAUCCAGCAGGGCAACGGGUGCUACCCACAACCCGGCAAACCCGUCAUGUCCCAAAGUUCUGUGGUGCGCCCCAGUCAGCAUUUCCCGCUCAUCCCCCAUGGACGACGACAUGUCAACCUCAAUUACAUCCAACAGAAGAAAUGAACUCUGAACUCUGCUCCCAUAGCAUAUCCAUUCAAUUAGGUUUUAUGGUCCUUCACCAUGACAAAACAAAAACGAUAUUAUCGAAAAAUUUGCAUCAUUUGGUCACACUACUUUUUAAAUGAAUUUGAUCAUUUUUGUACAUUUUAUACAUUUUUCCUUUGGUCUCCUUACAUUGAUUUGUGAUACAAAUGUCAUAUUUUAAUACCCCCAUUUUUGAAGGGGUCCAAAAAGUGUUUAUUUUAUUGUGUAAAGGAAGUAGGUAAACAUAUUAGCUGUACUCAUACUUUGCUUGCUUAAGGAUAAAAGCUUUGAAUAGAUAUUUGUAAAAUAUAUAUAUAUAUCAUGAUAGGGGUGGCCCUAUCAGAUAGUUGCCUUUUAGAAAGUAUUCAUACAGCCUGACUUGUUCCACAGUGACAGCCUGAAUUGAAAAUGGAUUCAAUUGUUACAAUUCACUCUGUGAAUUACACAAUACCCCAUAAUGACAAAGUGAAAACAUGUUUGUAGAAAUAUUUUGCACAUUUUAUAGGAAAUGAAAUGCAUGCAUUGAAUUUACAUAAGUAUUCACACCCCUGACUCAAUACUUUGUAGAAGCACCUUUGGCAGUGAUGACAGCUUAGUCUUUCUGGGUAUGUCUGUAAGAGCUUUCCACACCUGGAUUGUGUAACAUUUGCCCAUUGUUGUUAAAAAAAGAUCCUCAAUCUCUGUCAAAUUGGUUGUUGAUCACUGCUAGACAACCAUUUUCAGGUCUUGCCAUAGAUUUAUGUCAAAACUGUAACUCGGCCACUCGAACAUUCACUGUCUUGGUAAGCAACUCCAGUGUAGAUGUGGCCUUGUGUUUUAGGUUAUUGUCCUGUUGAAAGGUGAAUUCAUCUCCCAGUGUCUGGUGGAAAGCAGACUUAACCAGACUUCCCUCUAGGAUUUGGCCCUGUGUUUUAGGUUAUUGUCCUGCUGAAAGGUGAAUUCAUCUCUCAGUGUCUGGUGGAAAGCAGACUGAACCAGGUUAUUGUCCUGCUGAAAGGUGAAUUCAUCUCCCAGUGUCUGGUGGAAAGCAGACUGAACCAGGUUAUUGUCCUGCUGAAAGGUGAAUUUAUCUCCCAGUGUCCGGUGGAAAGCAGACUGAACCAGACUUCCCUCUAGGAUUUGGCCCUGUGUUUUAGGUUAUUGUCCUGCUGAAAGGUGAAUUCAUCUCCCAGUGUCUGUUGGAAAGCAGCACUGAUCUAGGUUUUCCUCUAGGAUUUUGCAUCUGCUUAGUCAUCAACACUAAGAAACAGAAUGUAACUAUCUGGAAAAACUCCCCAGUCCUUAACGAUUACAAGCAUACCCAUAACACGAUGCUGCCACCACUAUACUUGAACAUUUGGAGAGGGGUACUCAGUAAUGUGUUGUAUUGGAUUUGCCCCAAACAUAACACUUUGUUGCAAACAGGAUGCAUGUUUCGGGAAUAAUUUAAUUUUGUACAGGCUUCCUUCUUUACAUUCUGUCAAUUUAGGUUAGUAUUGUGGAGUAACUACAAUGUUGUUGAUCUAUCCUCAGUUUUCUUCUACCACAUCCAUUAAAUUCUGAAACUGUUUUAAAGUCA